AUGCCUCACUACACCGCAACCUGGAACGGCAAAGUCCUCGCCGAGACGGACGAAUUCGAGAAGGUCGAAGGAAACAUCUACUUCCCUGUCAGCUCCAUCAACAAGGACUACUUCAAAGAGUCCUCGAACGAGACCGUCUGCGGAUGGAAGGGAACUGCCAGUUACUAUGAUAUCGAUGUCGAUGGCAAGGUCAACAUGGAUGCUGCCUGGUACUAUGCAAAGCCCAAGGAUGCAGCCAAGAACAUCGCCGGCAUGGUCGCAUUCUGGAAGGGUGUCGAGGUCAAAUCGUACGUUUAA